AGUCUGGUUAAAGUCUUUCAUUCGUGCAGCAGUGGUUGAAUUGAAACGAACGAAUUUAAAAAUCAUAAAAAAAGCAUAAGCAGUGUUUAACAUCAGAAAAAUUAUUCAAAAUAUUUAUAAGAAAGAACUAAUUGGAAAUAAAAUAAAACUUUGAAGUUUUUCAACAUGAUGCGAACUGUGUUAACGGUGGUGGUGUUGGCUACAGUUGCUGCAGCUCAGAGACGUCUUGCAUUGCCUGAUCCACGUUCUUGUUCUAAUCGUGUCAGACAUGCAACUUAUAGAGAUGCACGCGGCGUUGCUCAUUCAUAUUUCUUCAGUUGGGAGCAUCAACCGACAAGAAGUUUGGAAGUUGAUUGGUUAGAUUCAAGAAACAUUUGUCGUCGACAUUGUAUGGAUGCCGUUUCACUUGAGACACCACAAGAGAAUGAAUUCAUUAAGCAAAGAAUUGCUCGUGGUAAUGUUCGUUAUAUUUGGACAUCAGGCAGAAAAUGCAACUUUGCUGGUUGUGAUCGACCAGAUCUUCAACCACCAAAUGAGAAUGGCUGGUUCUGGUCAGGAUCAGGUGUUAAGAUUGGACCAACAACACAAAGAAAUACAGGAGAUUGGAGCUACACAGGUGGAUACAAUCAAGCACAACCAGAUAAUCGUGAAGCAGCACAGGGCAAUGACGAAUCAUGCUUGUCGAUCUUAAACAACUUCUAUAAUGAUGGUUUGAAAUGGCACGACGUUGCUUGCUAUCAUUUGAAACCUUUCGUUUGUGAGGAUUCCGAUGAACUUUUGAACUUUGUCCGAAGCAGAAAUCCCGGCCUUAGACUUUAAAAGUUGAAUAAUUUAAUGAGAAAUUUUUUUUCCGCAAUUUUCUAAAUUUUUUGAUUGAAAGUUUGCAUGAAAUUUUAAGAUUUUUUUAUGUUUUCUGUUUUCAUUAACUAGAUAAGCAAAAUAAUUAUUUAUAUUUGAAUCUUUGAUAAGCUUUUCUUUUUAAUUCUUUGUACAAACCUAAAAUGUAAUAAAAUAAAAAAACAAAUCAAACUUGGGUUUUAAUUAAACUUAAAA